AUGUCAACACCUGAAGAUCUCGUGAAGCUGGAUAACUUCCAGAAUAUCUUUUCGCUAAAAGGAAAGAUUGCAGUCAUAACCGGUGGGUCGCGCGGACUAGGUCUCCACACAGCAAGCGGCUUUCUCCAGGCAGGAUGCGCCCGCGUAUACAUAAUCGCCCGCAGUGAGGAGCCGCUACAUGGGGCAGCGAAAGCCCUCAAUGCGCUUCCCAACAAGGGGCCCGAUGCCCUGGCGAUCGUGAUUGUUGCGGAUAUAUCAAGUCAAGAGGGCUGCAUGAAGAUGGCCGUUGAAAUCAGGAAAACUACGGAUCAUGUUGACAUUUUGGUUGCUAACGCUGGCGCAACUUUUAUUGGUGAUAUGGACGCAUACAAGGAGGAUGAUUUCGACCGGGUCAUGAAAAUGAACGUCAGCAGCAUAUUUUUCUCGGCUCAAAAAUUAUCUAGGUUACUUCAAGCCGGCGGCACAAUCCAGGACCCAUCUCGGAUUAUCAUGGUGUCUUCAGUAGCAGGUGUCGUUGUUGGGGACAUGGGUCAGCACGGAACAUAUGCCUACGCCGCCUCUAAGGCAGCCGUCAUUCAUCUCAUGAAUAAUCUCGCCGUGGAACUUGGACCGAAACAUAUCGCGGUCAACGUGGUUGCACCUGGAAUAGUUCCAAGCCAAAUGAGUGCGCCGCUGAUGGAUCGACAUGGUGGUCUUGAAAUUGUUGCAAAGCAAGUGCCGGACCAGAAGCUAGGCAGCCCCGAGGACGUUGCUGGUGUGAUGGUCUUCCUCUCUUCAAGGGCAAGCAAGCACAUCAAUGGGGCAACCAUUGUGUUAGAUGUACUCAACUUGCCCAACUCCAAGAUGGGCGGUCGCGCUAUAGCAUGUGGUGCCUCGGGAUCCGAGCCGAAUUACAAAUCAGUCCGCAAUAGUGCUAAAAGCAAGUGGUGGCUGGACGCUGGACUGAGGAAGAAUGUGUUCCACUGCGUCGGACUCUGCGGCACGCUCUUCUUCAACGGCUAUGACGCAAGUCUGUUCAAUGGCCUUCAGACGAUUGACGCGUGGCAAAACUUCUUCGGCCAUCCCAAAGGGAAUUUGCUAGGUCUGAUGAACUCAGCUGCCCUAUUCCCUGGUUUAAUAUCACCGUACUUCGCUGAGUUGGUUGCGAAUCGAUUUGGAAGAAGUUGGGCGGUUUGGAUUGGUGUUUUGAUCAACAUCGCUGGCGCUGUUGUCAACUCCGCGGCCAUCAACCUUGGGAUGUAUAUCACUGGACGUGUCUUAAUGGGUAUUGGCAUCUCCAUGGGGCUCACGAUUGCACCGACCCUCCUACAAGAGAUUGCUCAUCCUCGCUAUCGAGCUCAAAUUGGUAGCAUGUAUACCUGUAUCUAUUAUGUUGCCGCUGUAAUCUCGGCCAGUGUUUGCCUCGGCACCAGAAACAUCGAAGGAAGCGCUGCAUGGAGAAUUCCUUGCUAUUUGCAACUCGUUGGUCCAAGCGUAACUCUGGCCAUGACCUUCACGAUGCCCGAGUCUCCGAGAUGGCUCGUAAGACACGGUGCUUCUGACGAAGCUCUACGAAUCCUUGGAAAAUACCACGCGAAUGGCGACAUCAACGACCCUCUUGUUCGGCUCGAAUACGAAGAGAUAAUGGAAAACCUCCGUGCCGAUCAAUUGAGCUCUGAGACAAAGUACGCCGACUAUUUCGUACCAAACAACCGCCCUCGUCUCUUUUUGCUCGUCGUGAUUGCCAUUGGAACAAACUGGGUUGGAAACGGCAUCAUAUCGUACUAUCUAUCGCCUAUACUCAGUACGAUUGGCAUUCGGUCCACGGAACAACAAGCUGGGCUCAACUUGGGGUUGCAAAUUUGGAACCUCAUUAUUUCAACGACAGCGGCACUUUCUGUUGAUCGCGUCGGGCGAAGGCCUCUUUGGCUCACCUCAACAAUCGGCAUGUUCUUUUCUUUCAUCUUCGUCAUGGGACUUUCUGGAGCCUACGACACCCAAGGCCAGCGAAAGGCAGUCGGUCUUGCCGUGGUCCCCUUCUUGUUCGUUUUCUUCGGCUUCUAUGACCUCGCCUGGACCCCACUAUCGAACAUGUACUCGGUCGAGAUCUUGCCUUACAAUCUACGUACCAAAGGGCAGGCGAUCUAUAAUAUCGUCCUAGGGUCUGCGAACGCUGUUAACCAAUGGGUUAACCCAAUCAUCCUCGAGGCCAUUCACUGGAAAUACUAUGCAGUGUAUAUCGGCAUUUUAGCCUGUUACUGCGUCAUUAUUUAUCUGCGAUUCCCAGAGACUAAGGGAUUGACCAUCGAGGAGAUCGCGAUUAUCUUUGAUGGUGAAAAAGCCGAGGGUAUCAGCCGUGCUGCGCGCAUUGUUCAAAAUAAGCCUCAUGUGAUCGGUGAUGGUCAUUCAAUUCGGUCUGAACAUGCGGACGACAUAUCCGUGAAACAGAAUGACAUGGUUGGUAAGAGCAACGAUAGCAUCACCGCUUCCGAUCGUGCACCGAAGGAUAGAUCUGUUGUCUUCGGUAGUUGA